AUGUCUCAUUUCGAAAAGCUUUUCGAACUUCUUCUCGAGAAGCAACAAGAGGCUUCCGACCAACUCCAUCAAGAAAUCUUUCAAGAACGAUCCAUCCUAUGGAAUGAACAGAUCCUUCCGAAAAUUGAACAAUUAUUCCAUCGGAAUCGGGAAAAUCAUUUAAAACAAUUUCUUCAAGAGCGUUCGGAUGCAUCAUCCAGGACGGACAUCACAGUUUCCGCUUCCUCGGACUUGUUGAUUCGAAACAAGAAGAAUGAUGAGUACACAAUUUUCAGAGAAUUAUUUUCACGAGAGGAGGAAAAGGAAUAUCGAAAGAAGGAAACCAAAUACAUCCUUUCAAAACAAUUUGAUCAAGUGUUUGAAUUGCUUAAAAAGGAAAAUCAAGCAUUGUGGGCAUUUACGAGUUUUAUUCCAAGAGGAGACGCUACAAAAUUAUUUCUAAAAAUUCCCACGAAACUUGACACUGAAAAUCAAAUUCAACAAUUAUUGGAAAAUGUCGAAAAUGAUAUGAAAAAUGAAUAUGCGAGGAAUGGACAAUUGAGAGAUUAUGAAAAUGCAAAAUAUUUAAUAUCUAAUUUUAAAGAAAGAAAUGAGAAAGAAAGGACAAAUAUUUCCUCUCUUCAACAUGAAAUACAAGAAUCGGCUGAAGUGAUGGAGGAGGACAAGGAUGAUUCAAUAUUUUCCAAGGAUAUAAGGAUGAGAACGGUGUUGGAAAGAUUUUUUCAUCACAAAUUAAGAAUGAAAGUUGUAAAUCGAGCCAAGUAUAUACUCUACAACAGAAUCAAAAUGAAAUAUCAUUAUUCAUGGGAAAGACUAGUGAGACCUCAGAGAGAAAGAAAGACAUUGACAGACUGGUUGCAGAGAGAGACAUUUAUUGAAAAAUUUGAAAAUGAAAUUAGAAACAUUUCGAGCAUGAAAAAACUGUUCUCUCAAGAAUUUGACAUUUCAUAUUUUUCUUCUGACACCCUUCAUUUAAAUUCUAACUUUACAAAACAACUGAAUGAAAUAAUAGAGUAUGGACAUGAAAAGUCAACAAACACUCUAGGAUAUUCCAUUUACACACUUGUGAUGAUUUUGGAAAGUGUGAAAAAUCACGACGACGAUCAUGUAGCAAAUUCACUCACCUACAUGUUCAGAAUUGUUAUGAAAUUUCUACUCAUUUAUAGGCACUGUAAUUUUCAACUUAUCUCAAUACUACCGCUUCGAAUGAAACAAUUAAUCUAUACGAAAUUACUCGAAUCUGGAAUGAAAAACGAUAAGGUUCAUUCCAAAUUUCUACAACACUUAAUUUCUUUGACAUACACAUUUUCACAUGAGGAAGAUGAUCAUCUCUCUCGAUCUAAACGGCUCUAUUUUGUGAAAUAUUUAUGUAAACUAUUCUUGAAUAAGCAUACAGCAGUGUGGAUGUUGGAUAGACGAAAAAUUGAACAAGCACUCUUGCAUUAUUGUUUUUGCGAAGAUUUGAAAAGCACUGAAAUUUAUUUUACGAAUGCUACUGAAGAUUUCUUGGUCAUGCGAAACUUGUACGAUUUUUGCAUGCAUAUUGAUGAAACAGCGCUUCAUCAUGUUCGAGUUUUGAGAGAAUUAGUCUGCGAAGAGAAAUCGAAACAGACGAGUGACCAAUCUUCCAUUUGGAAUCUUAUUCAACAGAGUUUGUAUGAGGUGUUUCGAGUGUUUGAACAAGCAUGUUCUGUUCAAAUUUCACAACAUGAAGCACAAUUUGAGUAUUGCAUAAAGUAUGCUUGUCAGAGAAUUAUUGAACUUGUCAUGGGGAGAGAUGUUCGAUGUUUCAGAUUCAUUGAUGAGUGGUUUGCCUUACUUCUCUCAUGUUAUGAAGCCAUUCAAAGAGAAAAUGAUUCCUUUACAUCUAUUAACAACAAUGAUCGAGGAUUGUCAAAAUGGCUGGGAAUGAUCGAACAUACUUUUCAAGUAAUUGCACAAACAUGA